UGCAUAUAUAUAGGUUAUGUCACGUUAAUCCGUAAAGUGCUGAAGACAACUUUUUAUCGCUGCCGUCUCGCAUAGAGAGCAGGCCUUUGUUCGUCAAACAUUCCGCGCUCAUAGCAUCAUCUAAAAUUAAUCGACUUUCCACGGCGUGGGAAACAGCAGAAUCGCCGAAUCCACGACGAUACGGUCAUGAAUUCAGGGAUUUUUCAGCUUCCGGGAACUGCUCGUGUGCACCGCGGCCGCCAUUUUGCUUCCCCCGCACGUCUGAUAUGUCUUUCUAAUGUUAUUAUCGAUGAAUGUUGAAAUUUGCCCGUGAAACGUAUCUCGUGCUUUGUUGUCCGGGGAGAACGAGUUUUUCUCUCGAGAAAGGAAAAAAAUCGUGCCGCGGGUGCCUGAUCGGCGAGACAUCUCUGUCGGAAACGAUUCCCACUGUCGUCCCAACCUCGGCCCAACCGCAGAAACACGGAACGGAUACAGGUGCAGCCUCGCGAUAGCGAUCGCGAGCGAUUUAAUCCAUCGCCGAGCGCGAGUAUGCUGGCCAGCUUGUACGAGGGAUAUCUCUGUCCACGUCGCUAAAAGAUCCCGUUUCGUCGAGUCGCAGCCUGCGCACAGUGUGUUCUGUUGUCGAUGUAACGAGCUAACCUAACCAAAAAAAAACGCAUCGAAGCGACGUCGCGUGUAUGUGCUUAUGUCAACAGUGGAGAGAUCUCGCUCGAUGACAUGGCUCUGGUCACGCGUCUGAGAUCGUCGAGAGCCGGAGAUUUGGCAGUCUUCACCCUCCCGACGUCUGUCCGAUGCGCGAUGCGGUUGCACGAGCAUGCUUAGGGCAUGUUGGAUGUAGACCACUACUACUAUGCGAGGUGGAACAGAUCUGGACAGUAGCAGCAAUCAAUGAAGGUCCCUAUUUCCGAAAACUCAAACAUGGACAAUAAAUUGAAGUUUUCGGACCGCUUGAAGGCUUUGCUGAAAACUGAGGCUCAUCAAGAUGUUGAUCCGUACAUUUUCAGUGAACCAGAACCAUUUGCCGCGGGAAGAAAUGCCACCGCGGGAAGAAAUAUCGCCACGAUGGUUCCGUCUAUAAAUUCUGAAGUAAUGCAAAAUUGUAAAAACAAUAAAUCGAAAGGUAAAUGUAUGAAGCAGAGACUAAGGAUAGCGCCUGUGUCAAACAUAGACUAUAAGACCAUUGGAGUCAAUGCUACAACGGAAACAAAUAUUGAGGAUGGCAUUGGGGAGAAUUUGGAUCAGAAAUUUUCUAAUUUGGUUCAACAUAAACAGCGACAUAUUGAAAAUUUGCAAAGAUUAAAAUCUAGAAAGCAAAAUCGGGACCAUACUCUGUUAUAUUAUCCUAGAGCUGGAGAUGAGAUAUUCGAUAGCGAUUCGAGUGGAGAUGAGAUGACAAUCUAUCAACGUCAUUGGUUUCUUGGCGAAUCCGUCACAACGCUAAAUCGUGCAGCCCGGUUGUCUCAACUACGUUCGCAAUUACAACGACAAUUAAUUCAAUUGCGUAUCAAUGGAACUGACACUGAAAAUAUGCUACGGCAGAGGGUUCGAUGUUUAUUGGAGGCUGCUUCUAAAGAUCCUGCUUCUACUGCAAGAAGUUUGAGCGAUUCUCCAAAUAAGAGCAAAGUGCUCGAUGGACCACUGUUAGUUGGUGGACCAUGUGGAGCGGAAGGAUGCCAACAGACAUCUUUACCUUGUACCCGGCAUUGUUCUCGCCAUAUUAUGUUAAAUGGAGAUCAGCUUUUAUUUGAGCAUUGCACUGCCAAGUUUAGUGACAACACACAGUGUUGUGUUCCUGUGUUUGAUGUCGCGCACGAAUUACCUCUUUGCCCAGAACACGCAAGGAAGAGAGACAAUUAUCACCGUAAAAUUCAAGAAUCCAAACCAAAGAAAGCGCGUAAAAAGCCAGCUUCUCCUACUAUCCCAGCAAGGCCUAAACCUAAAUCUAAACCGAAGAAACGCAAACGGCCGCCCUCGAAUAAACUAGAGACUAAGGGAACCGCAUUGAUGCACGAGGAGAGUCAUUACAUGAGCCAAAUAAAUUGUAGUGAAAAUCAUGCCAAGACAUUAAAUAACUUGAAUGUUCCGCAAGGAACUUCAAAUUCCUCUAACUUAAAUCUAGGAUUGGGAUUAGGCUCUCUUGGAGGACUGAGUAGUGGCCUCAAAGUCGAGCUUGGAGAUAAUGAAGUAUUUGCUUCUUUGGAUUCUGCUGAGCAUGACUUUGGCACUGUGCUCAAUAACUUGCCCCCUGAUGCUUUUAAUGACUUAUUUAUCGAGGGUAGGAAUGGAGAUUAUGAACCAUCUAGAGAAGAAGAGGAGGAAUUACAACGGGCUUUGGAAGAGGUUGAUAAAGAUGUACGAAAUUUGGAGAGAAUGGGACAAACACAUGGACUCUUAGAGCCAGCUUUGCUCGCUCAACUUAUGUCGGACAUUGCCUCGUAGCCCCACUAAUUCUAAUGUAACAAUUUUUGGAAAUGAGUUCACGUGUGUUCCUUGUAACGUAGAAAAGAAGUACUGUUUGUGUCUGUGCUGCUAAAUGUAAGAUUGCGUUAUAGACUGUUAUUACAUAGCCACGCAAGUCCGAGAUAAUGGCAGGGAUUGACAUACAGAAAGUAACAAAAAAAGGAGAAAAAAACAAUAGCAAACUUAUGAAUUUAGUAUCAACAUCAUACAUAUUGGGUACAAUAUCACGGGUAGAUAUGUGUCGAACGAGUAGUAAUGUAAAAACCAAGAAUUCCAUCCUUUUUGACAAAUAAUCGCGGACACUUUGCGUCAUCGUCGUAAUACAUGCAAUAUAUUUGUAGCUUAUUUGCAAAUACUUUAACUUGCACUUUAAAAAUUUGCUUAGAAAAAUUGUUAUAUAUAGCUGUAAUUAUAAUACAUGCAAUCACAUUUUUGAGAAUACAGAGUGAAGAAGAAGAAAAGAAAAUGUCAUAUAAAUAAUUCAGACUAGAUUCCAACACAUAUGAGCUAAACAAGAAAAAUACAUAGUUUUCAUUUUUA